AUGGAUAAUCGACAACUUUAUACACCAGGUGACUGUACUUCAAUGGAAGAAGAGUGCGAUAAAAUGAGCAUUGUGCAGGAUCACAAAGAUAAUCACAAAGUUGGUGGACAGAAUUGUUUGGCAGUUACAGAAGGACAGUUUUGCGCCAUGUUUUAUCAUGUUAAGGAGAGAAAGAGAGAUAAAAUUAGCUUUAAAUGCCUGGAAGAGUCGAAGUGUAAGAUCGGGAAUUUGAAGCGGCUGAGCUCGAAUCCAAGAGCUCGCGCCCGAACUGUUGUAGUGUAUGUUCGGUUGACUGACCGAAUGGGUAAGUUUAAAUUCCACGCCAGAUAUGGAAAUUGUUUCCAGGGUGAAGAGAGAAAUACAAUCCAUGCAGAGCAUUUUAUGCUUAAAGAUGAAGAGUUCAAACGACAUGUGAAACUCUUAAGAGAUCAGAAAGGGGGAAAAAUUGAGAUGUUCAUGAACAAACAGCCUUGCUUUAGAUCAACUAGAGUGAAGACGGAUGAGUGUGCCCAAGAAUUGGUCAAUUUCUACAAGUUAUUCUGCUUAUUUCAUGGAAUUAAACUCACUGUAAAUCUUUGCGAGUUGUCCAGGGUUGAUGUUAACAUGCUCCCUUCGCCUCGUCUAAAAAACGAUAUUCAGAAUGCUCGCCUAGGGAUGCAAAUGAUGAUGUCUGCUGGUAUUGAGCUAAAAGCCAUGACAGAGGAAAGCUGGCGACAACUUGCAGACGAAGCAUACAUCAUAUUGCCUGAGUACAUUGAUGGUGACCGGCAAAAGUUAGAUCAACAUAUUGAGGAGUUUCUCCAGGGCAUAAAGCCUACCUACUUUUUGCGUCAGUUCUCCAGCCGUAACCCCAGUAAGGGAAUAGUGUAA